GACGCCGCGGCCGUCCGCCGCCCGGGAUCUGUUCGCUGUGUUUUUUGCUUUCUCCAUUCUUCCUUAAAAAAGAAAAAAAAAAAGCAAAACAAAACCAGCCAGCCAGCCAACCAAGACUCCGGUUUGUUGAUCGCCUUUUUUUUUUUUUUUCACCGUUUGCGGGAUUUGCAAACCGAGUUACAUGCAUGUCCAGUGGGGGCAGGUUUAAUUUUGACGAUGGAGGGUCCUACUGUGGAGGCUGGGAGGACGGCAAGGCGCACGGCCAUGGCGUCUGCACCGGCCCCAAGGGCCAAGGCGAAUACACCGGCUCGUGGAGCCACGGCUUCGAGGUACUGGGCGUCUACACCUGGCCCAGCGGCAACACGUACCAGGGCACUUGGGCGCAGGGCAAGCGCCACGGCAUCGGCCUGGAGAGCAAGGGGAAGUGGGUGUACAAGGGCGAGUGGACGCACGGAUUUAAGGGGCGCUACGGGGUGCGGGAGUGCACGGGCAACGGGGCCAAGUACGAAGGGACCUGGAGCAACGGGCUGCAGGACGGCUACGGCACGGAGACCUACUCCGAUGGAGGGACCUACCAGGGCCAGUGGGUCGGCGGCAUGCGCCAGGGCUACGGCGUGCGGCAGAGUGUCCCCUACGGCAUGGCGGCGGUCAUCCGCUCGCCCCUGAGGACCUCCAUCAACUCCCUGCGCAGCGAGCACACCAAUGGCGCGGCGCUUCACCCCGACGCCUCCCCCGCCGUGGCCGGCAGCCCCGCCGUGUCCCGUGGGGGCUUCGUGCUGGUGGCGCACAGCGACUCCGAGAUCCUCAAGAGCAAGAAGAAAGGGCUGUUCCGGCGCUCGCUGCUGAGCGGGCUGAAGCUGCGCAAGUCGGAGUCCAAGAGCAGCCUGGCCAGCCAGCGCAGCAAGCAGAGCUCCUUCCGCAGCGAGGCCGGCAUGAGCUCGGUCAGCUCCACGGCCAGCGACAUCCACUCCACCAUCAGCCUGGGCGAGGGCGAGGCCGAGCUGUCGGCCAUCGAGGACGACAUCGACGCCACCACCACCGAGACCUACGUGGGCGAGUGGAAGAGCGACAAGCGCUCGGGCUUCGGCGUGAGCCAGCGCUCGGAUGGGCUCAAGUACGAGGGCGAGUGGGCAGGCAACCGGCGGCACGGCUACGGCUGCAUGACCUUCCCGGACGGCACGAAGGAGGAGGGCAAGUACAAGCAGAACAUCCUCGUGAGCGGCAAGCGCAAGAACCUCAUCCCGCUGCGCGCCAGCAAGAUCCGCGAGAAGGUGGACCGGGCCGUGGAGGCGGCCGAGCGGGCGGCCACCAUCGCCAAGCAGAAGGCGGAGAUCGCGGCCUCCAGGACUUCUCACUCCCGGGCCAAGGCGGAGGCAGCCCUCACCGCGGCCCAGAAGGCCCAGGAGGAGGCGCGCAUCGCCCGGAUCACUGCCAAAGAGUUCUCCCCUUCCUUCCAGCACCGGGAAAACGGGCUCGAGUACCAGCGGCCGAAGCAUCAGCUUUCGAGCGACGACAUCGAGGUGACCUCCACGGGGACGCCCCCGCAGCAGGAGAGCCCCGAGCUGUACCGCAAGGGCACCACCCCCUCGGACCUGACCCCCGACGACAGCCCCCUGCAGAGCUUCCCCGCCAGCCCCACGGCCACCCCACCCCCGGCCCCCGCCGCGAGGAACAAGGUGGCCCACUUCUCCCGGCAGGUCUCGGUGGACGAGGAGCGGGGCGGGGACAUCCAGAUGCUGCUGGAGGGCAGGGGAGGGGACUACACCCGCAACAGCUGGGCCGAGGAGAAGGCCGGGGCCUCCCGCGGCGUCCGCAGCGGCGUCCUCCGCAGCGGCCAGCCGGCGGAUGACUUCCGCACCCGGGGCGCGGGCCACAAGCAGUCCGGCAACCCCAAGCCCCGGGAGCGGCGGACGGAGUCCCCCACCACUUUCUCCUGGACUUCCCACCACCGGGCCGGCAACCCCGGCCCCGGGGGCCCCAAGCUGCUGGAGCUGGACGAGGAGAAACUGAGCAACUACGAGAUGGAGAUGAAGCCCCUGCUGAGGAUGGACUCGUACACACAAGACGUGCACCCUCCGAAAAGACGCUACAGCAAGGGGGGCGCCUGCCGGGGCCCCGGGGAGGACCACCGCCCGGAGGACCGGGCCUUCGGGGCCCAGAGACUGCGGUCCAAGUCCCAGAACAAGGAGCACGCCAGGCCAGCCCCCUGCGCGGAGCCCGCAGUGCAGAGGCUGGAGAGCCUGAGGCUGGGGGACCGCGCAGAGCCGCGGCUGCUGCGCUGGGACUUGACCUUCUCCCCGCCCCAGAGGUCCUCGCCCGUGGCGCUGGAGUCUGACGAUGAGAACGGGGACGAGCUCAAGGCCAGCACGGGCUCUGCGCCGAUCCUGGUUGCCAUGGUGAUCUUGCUAAACAUCGGAGUCGCCAUUUUGUUUAUUAACUUUUUCAUCUGAGGAGAUUGUCACGUUCGGAAAAAACAGUUGGGGUACAAACAGGAGACGUUUCAAAGCAAACAACAAAAGGGAAGGCUCGUCGCUUGGACACCCAAUGACAACUUCCGAGUCUUUUCACAGAACCACACGAUUGGGUAUUACUCACAGUUUGCCUUUUUUUCUGGGUAAUGUUUUUUGGAUUUUAGCCACAGUUCCUUGCUUGUAUAACACUUUGCUGUGUGGCAUGGCAGAAGGAGGCCAGCACGCCGACCCUCCAGCUUGACAUGGAAAGAAAAGGGAUCCCGGCAAGUCCGCGGCAAAAAAAAAAAAAAAAUCGUCGUCGU